AUGGCCUCGCAACAGGCAACGUCCAGACUUUCGGAACUUGAGGGCAGGAUUCGACUGGAGAGUCAUGGGAGCCCCUCACCAAGCCCAGAAUCCCUUCCUCAGCUCACAAAGCCGGAUUUCGCACGGUUAAUUCCAGCCAACGAUGGGGCAAAGAGAGCUUUCCAUGAUGUGGCAACGCUGAUACAAGGAACUCCAACGAGCUAUUCGCAUUGGCGAAAGUUCAUCUACAUAUCCAGCUCAAAGGAGACGAUCUCGCAAGCAAGUUCGCUGAGCAGUGAACCUUCUGGAGCAGAAACCUCACCUGAUGAAGUUUUCACGGGGCAUUUUCGGCUGAACCUCAGCAUCCCGCCAGAAGACCUUCUUCAUGGCUGGGCCCUUGGGUCUGGCCGUUCUGGAGCCGGGCAUCUCGGCGUCGAUCUGCUCCUCACCAUCAGAAGAAAUCAGGACAAGGUCAGAGGCAGACAUGCACGUCUCAAAUUGCAUGACCAGAGCCGCAUGCUCAUAAUACAGCCAGGACCGGGCAAAAGGGUAUGGUUGAACGGCCAACAGGUCUCGGAGCAGGGAAGAGUGUUAGGGACACUCUCGAGUGGCCUAACUAUAGGUAACCUGACGUACACCCUUGAACUCAUCCCUGGUGACGCUGCCACCUUCCACCAGCGGUAUGAAGAGACCAUGCGCUUGGCCGGCAUCACGCCUAGUGCAAGAAUCGCCAACAUCGAUCCUACUUCAUCAGAAAAGUUCUUCACCUUUCACGGGUACCAGAUGCAGACUCCUCAAGCACUCGGGACCUUUGGCGUUGUGUCAGGUUGUGUCCACCUCAACUCAGGCGAGGUUUAUGCCGUCAAGCGAGUCAAAAGAACGCAAGAUACUUUCAAUCUGGUGGGAGACGAAAUUUCCGUCCUACAACGGCUGGGGAAGCAUGUGAGUAUGCCCCAGGCGCAGUUCCGCUCGACUAAUUGCGUGCAGCCUCACAUCUGUGUCUUAGUCGAGGUAAUAUACUCGGAUGGAGGCGAUGCUUCCAUGGGAAAGACGAAGGUCAAUGAUGUUUACAUGAUCAUGACCCCCUGGGCCCCGGAUACCUUCAAAAGUUUACUUCAACCUUCGGUAAGCGAGGAGACCCGCUUGAGGGCCUACCAUCAGGGUGCUCAAGGCCUUCGACAUAUUCACUCUCUUAAGGUCAUCCACAGAGAUAUAAAAUUGGAGAACCUACUUGUCUCGCGCCUAGAUCCACUAAAGGUGGCCGUUGCCGAUUUUGGCCAGGCCACAUUUGAAUCCAACUCCAACAAUCAUAUGGUAGGCACGAUAAGCUACCUUCCGCCUGAGAUCGUCCUUUUGAAACGGGGACAGAACCAGAAUGCCCGUGACCCAAGCCUGUGCUGGUCAACAGCAUCUGAUGUUUACAGCUAUGGCGUGGUUGGAUUUGAGUUGAUCUAUGGACGUUUCAAACAGCCCAGGCAUGGUAUCGACGAAAAUGUUCAUGGAAUCCUCUUGGGACGUUUGUCAAGUUCCCAGACUGCCAUCAACGCAAUUCUGAGAAGCAUGCUGUCAUGGCAUUCCCACUCACGACCUACAAUCGCAAAUGUCCUCUUGAAUCCCUUUUGGCCUGAACCAGAGACUGCAUCUAAUCCGAGCAAGAGGGGCUUUCAAGACAUCGAGCAGUCGCAAGAACCCUUCUAG